AUGAAGCGGCCAAAGUUAAAGAAAGCAAGUAAACGCAUGACAUGCCAUAAGCGGUAUAAAAUCCAAAAAAAGGUACGGGAGCAUCAUCGAAAACUGAGAAAGGAAGCCAAAAAACGGGGUCACAAGAAGCCUAGGAAAGACCCAGGAGUUCCAAACAGUGCUCCCUUUAAGGAGGCUCUUCUUCGGGAAGCUGAGCUAAGAAAACAGCAGCUUGAAGAACUAAAACGGCAGCAGAAACUUGACAGACAGAAGGAACAGGAAAAGAAAAGAAAACUUGAAACUAAACAUGGUGUUGAGCCAUUUAAUGGGGAACCUGUGAAGGAGGAAUUUGGGCAAGGCAAAGCAAAGAACAAAGCCAAGUCCAGUAAACAGAAUACAAAGAAGUUAUAUUGUCAAGAACUUAAAAAGGUGAUUGAGGCCUCAGAUGUUGUGCUAGAAGUAUUGGAUGCCAGAGAUCCUCUUGGUUGCAGGUGUCCCCAGGUAGAGGAGGCCGUUAUCCAGAGUGGACAGAAAAAACUGGUACUUGUGUUAAAUAAAUCAGAUCUGGUGCCAAAGGAGAAUUUGGAGAGCUGGCUAAAUUAUUUGCAGAAAGAAUUGCCAGCAGUGGUGUUCAGAGCCUCAACAAACUUGAAGAACAAAGGAAAGCUAAUCAAGGUAAAGAAGAAAGCUGCUCCAUUCAAAAGUGAAGUCUCCUUUGGGAAAGAAGGCCUUAUGAAGCUUCUUAGAGGAUUUCAGGAGACUUGUGGCAAAGCCAUUUGUGUUGGAGUAAUUGGUUUCCCAAAUGUAGGUAAAAGCAGCAUUAUUAACAGCUUAAAACAAGAACGAAUAUGCAGCGUUGGGGUAUCCAUGGGGCUUACAAGGAACAUGCAGGUUGUCCCCCUGGAAAAACAAAUGACAAUCAUAGACAGUCCGAGCUUCAUUGUGUCUCCUCUUAACUCGGCCACUGCACUUGCUAUGAGAAGUCCAGCAAGUAUUGAAGUGGUAAAACCAAUGGAGGCUGCCAGUGCCAUCUUGUCCCAGGCUGAUGCUCGACAGGUAGUAUUGAAAUUUACUGUCCCGCACUAUAAGAAUCCUCUGGAAUUCUUUACUUUGCUUGCUCAGAGAAGAGGAAUGCACAAAAAAGGUGGAAGCCCAAAUGUGGAAUGUGCUGCCAAGCUGCUGUGGUCUGAGUGGACAGGUGCCACCUUAGGCUACUAUUGCCAGCCCCCAACAUCCUGGACUUACUCUCCACAUUUUAAUGAGAAUGUAGUGGCACAUAUGAAACUGGGCUUUAAUAUGGAAGAACUGGAGAAGAACAAUACACAUAGCAUACAAGCCAUCAGGGGCUCUCAUCUAGCCAGUAGCAUCCUUUUCCAGUCUUCAGGUCUGACGAAUGCGAUCAUAGAGGAAAAGGACAUAUCUGAGGAAUUGCCAACACAGAAAGAGUGGAAGCAGGACAUUGACAGUGACCAGGAAAGUAUUGAUGGUGAAGAAGCUGGUGAAGAGUGCUCAGACGUGUGUCCUAUGGAAGAGACGUGGGAGGCACUGCCUGAGGAGUCUCGAGCAGGCGAACAGUUUGGCAAUCAAGGAGUGACAUCUUUUGUCUUGGAUAAAAUGACCCAAGAGGAGGAUGAUGCUUAUGACUUUAGCAUAGACUAUGUAUAA